AUGUCAACGGGAAGGAAAGGUCGAGGUCGCCAAAAGACGGAGAUGAAAAAGAUGAGUAACGAGAGUCACCUCCAAGUGACUUUUUCAAAGCGUCGUAGUGGACUCUUCAAGAAAGGUAGUGAGCUUUCCAUCCUUUGUGGUGCAGAUGUUGCUCUUGUUGUAUUUUCACCAAGUGGAAAAGUAUUUUCUUUUGGUCAUCCAAAUAUUUAUACGGUCAUAGAUCGAUAUCUUUAUGAGAUCCCACCCCAAAACAAUUACACAAUGCAAUUUAUUCAGGCUCACCGCAGUGCCAACGUGAGCGAUCUUAAUGCUCAACUAACUCAAAUCAACAACAAAUUGGAUGACGAGAAGAAGCUGGGUGAUGAGCUAUGUCGUAUCCACAAAGAGGUCGAGGCUCAGUUUUGGUGGGCUUGUCCAUUUGAUGGUAUGAAUAUGACUCAACUUGAAUUAUUAAAGAAAGCUUUGGAGCAGCUUAAGAUUCUUGUUGUUGAACAUGCUGACAAGGUUUUAAUUCAAGGUGAUCAUACUCAAACUCUUCCGGCUUUUGUUGGCAAUACUUCAUCUUCUAACAUCUAUCUCCAUCAUCAGCCAAAUCCUCAUCAAGCUCAAAUGUUUCAACCAUAA